AUGAAGAAGAAGGACGGGCUCUGUGAAGUCCCCGGUACGCGUUACUCAAUUGACUCAUUCUAUGGACCCGGCAAGACCCAGUCGAUCAAGGUUCGUCGAGGUUAUUUUUUACAAGACGACCCGGCUCUCUUUGACGCCGACUUUUUCUCCAUCAAGCCUGCGGACGCGGAAAGAAUGGAUCCCCAGCAGCGGCAACUGUUGGAGGUUACGUGGGAGUGUAUCGAAAGUGCAGGUGAAACGGACGCAAGAGGAAGAGCCGUGGGAUGUUAUGUUGGAGUGUUUGGCGAGGACUGGCUCGAUCUUGACAGCAAGGACCCUCAGGCCACGGACAGAUAUCAUGUCUCGAGCACGGGGCAAUUUACUCUUGCCAACAGGCUGUCAUAUGAGAAUGACUGGCGCGGACCGAGCAUGACUAUUCAGACGGCUUGCUCGUCCUCGCUGGUAGGCUUGCACGAAGCUAGCCAGGCCUUGCUCGCCGGCGAGUGCUCAUCGGCGGUAGUCGCUGGAGUUAACCUCAUCUUGAGCCCUUUCAUGACCAUAGGCAUGUCUGAUAGCAAAGUGCUCUCACCAAGUGGCGUCUGCAGAACCUUUGAUGAAGCGGCCGAUGGGUACGGUCGCGGAGAAGGUGUCACCGUCAUCUACAUCAAGCGGUUGGCCGAUGCUAUCAAGGCCAAUGACCCCAUCCGAGCCGAGUCACUCAUCAGACGAGCCUACCAGCGGGCCGGCAUUCAGGAUAUAAGCCAGACAGCAUUCUUUGAAUGUCACGGAACAGGCACUAGGGUCGGAGACGUCAUCGAAGCAUCCGCCAUUGCAAAGUUGCUUACCGAAGCUGGGACUGGAGCUGGAACUGUGAUAGGAUCCGUGAAGCCAAAUGUCGGUCACACUGAGGGAGCGUCUGGAAUUACGGCCGUCAUCAAAUCCGUUCUUUGCCUUGAGCAUGACACCAUCCCACCAAACAUCUACUUCAAAACGCCAAAUCCCAAGAUUCCAUUCAAAGAGGCGAACCUUCUUGUUCCAACGGAGCCCAUGAGGUUUCCUCGCGGGAAGAGCAAGCGAGUGAGCAUCAACUGCUUUGGUGUUGGCGGGUCAAAUGCUCACGUCAUAAUCGACUCUGCCACGCACUUCUCCUCAUUGCCGCAGACUGGACACCUUGAAAGACCGACGUCAACAUUUUGCGAUGGCUCCCGACUGUUGCUGCUAUCCGCCAAGGACCCAGCUGCUCUGGACAGGAGACUUGAUGAUCUCGUCAAAUACACUGAGACGAGGCUCAACGUCUUGGAUGAUCUCGCUUAUAGCCUCUGCUGUCGACGGCAACAUUUCUCCCAUCGUGCAUUUGCGAUAGGUCACCCUAAUCGACCGCUAGCCAAGUCCGAGUUUCGGAAGCUCUCAGUAAGGCCAAUCGACCCCAUUUGGGUGUUCACUGGGCAGGGGUCGCAGUGGGCUGCCAUGGGGAAACAACUGCUGGAAAGAUCUAAACAGUUUAGAGAAGAUAUCCAGUCGCUGGAUAAAUUCCUGCAGGAAUUGCCCGAUGCACCGGUUUGGCGUAUACAAGCUGAGCUUUCCAAGACUGCAACAGAUGCACGCAUACAUGAGACAGAUAUUGCGCAACCACUCUGCACUGCUCUUGCAAUAGGACUCGUCAACCAACUGCGCCGCUGGGGCCUGAAGCCUUCGGCAGUGGUUGGGCAUUCCAGCGGCGAGAUUGCGGCAGGCUAUGCAUCUGGAGCAAUCUCGGCCAGAAGCGCCAUUGUGCUUGCAUACUACCGAGGUAUCGUGGUCAAGCCUCAGGAGGGAAAAGGAGGCAUGAUUUCUGUGGGCAUGGGAUGGCAGGAGAUAAUGCCAUAUCUCGAAGGCGCCGGCCAUGUUGCCGUAGCUUGCAAGAAUAGCCCAUCCAGCACAGUUCUAUCGGGAGAUCCCGGCGAGCUCGGGCUUGUGUACAACAGAAUUAAAGACCAGCAGGCGGAAGUGGUUUGCAGGAAGCUUCGGCUGUCCGUGGCCUAUCAUUCAUAUCAGAUAUCGACAUCAGCCGCCGACUUUGAGCGUGUAAUAUCUUCUCACAUUCGUCAUAACACGGAAAUGGUCCCUCUGUAUUCAACAGUAUCCUUGGCCAAGAUCACGGAACCGACCGCACUUGAUGCUGCAUACUGGGGUCGAGGCAUGGCCUCCACCGUGCAGUUUUCUGAGGCAGUUCAAACCAUCUUGCAAGACGGUAAUCAAUCCCGAGCAUUCCUGGAGAUUGGACCACAUUCGGCACUCUCGGGACCUCUGAGACAGAUCUUUGAGAGACACAAAGCAGCACCUGGCAGGAAUCCCGUCUAUGUCCCAACCCUGACUCGCAACGACCCAGAUCUCCAGUCCCAGCUUCUUUCCGCCUUGGGCUCGUUGCAUUGUCUCGGUGUUCCAAUGGACCUCUUGAGCGUCACCGGCAUGGGUAGCGUACUUCCCGAUCUGCCCGCGUAUCCAUGGAACCGGCACCACACCACGAACUGCUCGGUUCAAGAAUCACUGUCAUGUCUGAGCUCGAACCAGCAUGGAGAAAUCUUCUACGACUCGGCGAUGUCCUCUGGCUCGGCGAUCAUGUCCUUCGCGGAAGGGUGGUGUUCCCUGUUGCUGGCUAUAUUGCAAUGGCUGGGGCUGCUUGUGCGCAACUGCAGCUGA